AAAUGAAACGCUAGUAAUUACAUUUUUACACCUUUUAAAACAAGUUAAAAUAACUAAAUAUUUAUUUACAAUAAAUUUACGUGUAUUUCUGUUUAACUGGAUAAAUCAAUGGAUAGCGCCUAUCUCAGAAACAGCAAUUACCUAUUGAAAACAUUCUUACAUUCAUUCGAUCUAAAAAGUUUUAAAAUAGAAAAAAAGUCGUAAACAUGGACCUCAAAGAACAAAUUUUUCAAUCAUGGCUCCAAUAUACCACGAAAAAUGAAGAAAAAUAUUUUCGACAAUUCAUUGCUGGUUUCGUCCAAAUUUGGGAAGAAAAAAUCAACAUAGAUUUUGAUAGAAAAGAUUUAUUGUCUAAUCAAAUAAUUAGCAAAGGUCCUGUUAUGCAGCGAUUACCGGAGGAAUUAUUACCUGCUAUUGAAAAAUUUAUCAUCAUUUCUAAAGAUGAAAUAGAAAAGGGAAAUUUAACAUCGACAAUUAUAAAUGAGACCACAUUGCUUAUAAAAUGUUUAAUAAUAAUCUGUCGACAAUUUGAAAACAUUGAAACCAUUUCUAAUUUAUGUUAUAUCAACAAUUGCAUAGGAAUAUGCAAUUACUUAAUUCAAAUGAUAUUGAGGACUAAUCAGCCAAUCGAAAUGGAUGUAUUUUCGUUAAUCAAGGUUACAUGCAAUUUUAUAGAAGCUUUAUAUGAUCCUCAUCUGACGUGGAGAAAUUAUUUAGAAAACCAGCCUAUUGUCUGUACAAAAACAAAUUAUAAUAUAACAAAAUUACAUGCAGAAGUAGUGCCGUUUGUUUAUUAUUGUUUUCAAUCAGAAAAUAUUAUGAAUUAUCCUGAGAUAGGAGUUCAGCUGUUAAAUGUAUUAUCUGCUUUAGUUUGUGGAUCCCAGCAAAAUGGAUUACGAGCCAUAUCACCAGCAACUAUUAGCAUAUUAAUAUCAAUUAUUUCAAAAUGGGAUUGUCAAAAAAAUCUUCGAAGAGUGGCUCUCAAAUGCUUUAAUAUUAUGACGUUAAUACUGCAAAAAUCGAGUCCUGAGUUGCGACAAAUUGAAUUGUCAACAAUAUUUGAAAUGUAUUUAAAUGCUGUGAAAAAUUUGUUGAAAACAGACAUAUUCAUUGGUGAAAAGACAUCUAAAGAGGACAUUAAUGACAAAUUCGACAUAAACGCUUUAAAUUCCAUUAUCGAGAACAUAUGCAAUUUCAUCACAGAUGAAGAUAAUGAAUCGGUCGUCACCAAUGCUGUAUUGGAAGCUAAAUUCAUAACAACACUAAUAAAAAUACCUUAUGAUAUCAAAGAAUGGAAUAUUGAUUUACAAUUAUUCGCAUCGAAUCUAAUAAAUACUUUAUGCGCAUUGUCACAGUCCUGCAAUAAGUUAAAACAAAUAAUUUCAGAACAUGAAAAUAUUAAUGUUUUAUUUGCUGGUCUAAAAGUUUGUGGACAACCAACAAAUCCGGUACUAUCUAACUGCCUAAAAAUGGCAUUCGACUUUGAUAAACCAACAAGAGUUGUUGGUUAUAUAUUUGCAAAAUUGCUAGAAUGGAUACCGAAUAUGAUCGAAAAACAACAAAAUUUUGUAUCAGUAAGUUGUUUGGAAAAUUGCAUUAAAUCUACACAGUGCAAAAGAGCAAUGUCUGAGAGUCUUUGUAUUGGUAAAAUUUGUAAUGUGUUGGAAAACCAUCAAACAAUAUCACCAAAAAGUAUAAUUAACCUAAUGAAUCUCGUUGAAGAAUUGUCGAAAUUUAAUAUAAGUUCUAAAGAAGUAAAGCAAUUAUUUCAUCUUCUAAAACUUGAAACUAACUUUGACUAUCGUAAACAAUUGUUAGAGAGCAUUCUAAGGAUUUCACAAAAUACAUUAAAAUUCGGAAUAGCACCACGUGAAUACUUAGAAAUUCAGAAUGAUGAAAAUGGAAUAACUGUGCCUGAUAUAAAAAAAUGGGACUCAUCACACGGGUUUGUGUUCCAUAUAUGGUUAAGACUAGAUCCGUUUGAGCUCAAUGUUGGAGAUUUUAAUUAUAGAAGACAUGUGUUUAGUCUCAAAACAAGUUCCGGAAACGGAUUUGAAUUUUUUAUACAGAAAAAUGGAAAUUUCGUGGUUAGUGUUAUUACGAAAAAAGAAGUAUUGACAGCAACAGUACCAUCAGUACAGCUUUUGAUUGGAAACUGGCAUUCAAUUACUGUCUCUGUUGCUCCUCCAAAACGUCUUUUUCAUCAUUAUCAAGUAAGUGUAUACAUGGAUGGACAACAAAAGCUAGGAAGUACCAUGAAGUUUGUAGCAUUUCACGAACCUAUAAUUUACUGCAGCAUUGGCUCUCCAAUUAAUGAAAUUCGUCGAGCUUCGUAUUCAAAACGUACGAACGAAGUUUGUGGUUCUCCAACACAAGUGGAAAACAAAUCGAAGAGUAUAUUUCCAAACUUGUUUGAGAAAGCUCUUCCUGGGUUAGUAACUCAAAAUAGUUUAUCGAGUUACUUAAAUUUACAAUCUUUGAAAAAUACAAAUAAAUUGGAUCCAAGUGUAAAACCUAUCCCUGUCGGUAUGCAAGACUCAAUUUUUGGUGAAUUAGUUUGUUUAAAAGGACAAAUUGGAAGUGUAAUAUUAGCCGAAUGUAGCAUCAACAUAAAGACACUCUUUGAUGCUGGUCACAGUUUCGCAAAUAUUAUAGCUACAGAUUUGAUCGAAUCAUUUGAAUCCAAUAGUCGUUUUGUAUUUUGUUUCUCUCCAAAUACUUGCGUCGACGGUCUUUGUUUAGAUCUUACGACUGGAAACAAAUUUAACGGACAUUUAAUUGAAAACUAUUGCCAUACAUCGUUAAUUCAAGAUUCAUUGAGUGGAAUUGGUGGAGUAUUAACUCUUUUACCUAUUUUGAAUCAAAUUGUUUCAAGACCAGAAGUUUUCACAACUUCUUUAGAGUUGAUAUCGUUGGAAAAUGAAGAUGAUACCAGUCCUAUUAAAGAACCUAUCGAAACUGAGUGGGAGCUUUUAAAUAAUGCAAUUUCGCCAGAUGAAAAAAUUACACGAAAUGCAAUUGCAUGUUUUUUGUGUCUGUUGCGAAAUUUUGUUUCCAAUCAUGACUUAAACCAAGAAUGUAUUCUUAAAGAGGAAGCCCUUGGUAUUAUAGGAUCGUUAUUGACUAAAUGCGAAGUAGAUUUACUUGAUGUUCAUGUCCUAAUGGCUGUACAGCUGAUGGUUGAAACAAUUCAAAAUGAAAUGCCUAAAGCAAAUGUAGAUCUUUUGUACACAUUUUAUCGUGACAUUAUUUUUGAUUUUCGUAUAUGGGCAAGAACUAAGUUUCAAAUAAUCAUUGGUCACAUACAAUACAUUCAAGCAAUCAUUAAAGAAGAUAGGAAGUUCUUCAGAAAACACUAUGGAAUUCAAUUUAUGCUGGAUGUCAUACAGGAACAUUUUACAACAAAUGAUCAUUUGACUUGUAGUGAUAUAAAAACAGUUCGGGAAUCUAUAUUUCGGAUAAUUAAAUAUUUUUUAUUAAAGGACGUCAAUAUUAAAGAGGUUACAUCAUUAGUUGCGUUUAUAGCAAAUAUAAAAAAUGAAGUUAUUUUGCUUGAGGUAUUAAACAUGCUAAGUUCGCUUCUCGAAAAUAAAAACUGCAAAGACCAACUAUUUCUUCUUAUGUAUGAACCUCACAUUGGCGAACUACUUUAUUCAUUACUCAUAGAAAAAAAUAAUUCAUCAAAAAUCCAUCAUGCUGUUUUGAAAGUAAUAAAUUGCAUUCUUGCAACAAAAAAAGUAUCAGCUCGUCACAAAGGCAACUUGAAACUACAUGAUUCAAAUAUUGAUUGUAAAACAUUGUAUCCAGGUCUUUUUUCAUACAUUCUUCCUAUUGUUUUGGAACCAGAAAUAAUACUUGCAUUACUAGAUCAUACAUUAGCUUGCGAUAAUGAGUCUGGUUAUGCUGGAGCACUUUGUUUGAUCUAUCACCUUCAUUUGGCUGAAAUUGAAUUAAAACUAGAAAUCAGCAGGAGAUUGCUAACAACAACCUUUAUAAGAAAUAAAUCUCCACAAGUGAUUGCCAAGCAAGUAGGAUGGCAAGAAUCAAUUGCUAGAUUAUUAAUAAAAUGUCAAACACGAGUAGUGCAACAAGAAAGUAAAAAUUUAGUUCUUCCAGAUAUGGAAGAAAUAGUAAAAAAUGAAGCAGAUUUAACUUCAAAUGUUGGAGAUCUGAUAAUGUUUGAUGAAGACAGCAUGGAAUUUAGAAUUACUGAUACUUUAAAGUUCAAUAAGGUAACAGAAUUAGCUAAUGUCAUUGAACAUGAAGUUAAAGAACUGGCAACUGGUGCAACAGAUGUAUUUGUCGGUCAAAUUACAUCAGCUUAUUCAGUAAUAAGACAAAAAACGUCAGACAUCCAGGACACUUUUGAAUCUUUAGCUUUAGGAAAUUUGGACGACAUACACAAGAGACGAACUUUGAUGCAAAUGAACAGUAGCGAUGAAAGUAUGUCGUUCGAUGAUACAGUUCUCUCAACUUCAACUACAAUAGAAGAUAGUAGCGGUAUCAGAAGUGAAAAUAAUUCUCCAGCUUUCAAGUUCUUUGAUCAACCUAACGUUGAUGAUGAAGAAACACUAGUUUAUCUCGUGUCAAACAUCUUAUUUACUGUUCUCUGGCGAGGAAUAGAAAACAACGAAGAAACGUGGAAGGAACGUGGUCAAGUAAUGGCAUGUAUUUAUUUAAUCGCAUUAAAUAAUGAGUUAUAUUGUUCACACUUGGGUCUCCGCUUACGAUUAAUUGAAAUGGGAGUUCAAGCCACUUUAAUGGAUUUAGCAGAUAACUCUCAUCAUUCUGUUAUACAUCAUCAAAACGCAGUACAUUUAUUAAGAUUGGCAUAUGACUUGGUUGUCUUAUAUCCCAACGAAGACGACUCAAAAAAAUGUUCAACUAAACUUUUGGAUGGGAUUAUAUCCAUUCUAGAUUCUUUAAUGAUUUUUAAUAGGAGUUUUACCGAUGAGUGGGCUGAAAUGAUAAUGAUUUGUUUAGGACUUUUGCUGAAACUUACCACCAGUCCUAAUCCUGAUAUUGUAGCUAUGUCAACAGCAAAAUUGCAUGCAGUGUUACAAUCAAGACAAGAUCAGUCAAUUAAAGAAUGUGGAUUUGUGAUAUUUACUCUAAAUCAUGGAAUUAGUUCUGCAAUAGAGCUUGGCAAUUCAGAGUCAUAUUCAUUUUUAAUGCCUGUAAUGAAAGCAAUGUUAGAAAAAACUAAGGAUCUAUUUGAUCUAAAUAGCCUUACACCUGAUUUACCCGAUAUAAAUUCUGGACCGGUAUUCUUCCAAAAUUUUCAAACUUACGCAACAAGUAGGCAAUGGAAAAUGUUUAUUGACAAAAAGAUAAAGCCAUUAAAUCUAACAUAUGAAAUGGAUAUUAAAGAAAAUGUGUCAGAACCAUUAAAUAUAUUUUGGGCUGAAUGUUUCGAAACAUGUAAAGAAAUUUCAAAUAAACGAGUCAAUAUGCAAAUGGAUAGUCGUCGUAAAUUCAAUGAGCGAAUCUGGCUACCAUGGAGGAUGCGUCAGUUUACAGAAAAUGCUCGUUUAAAUCAAAAAACAAUUAAUUCUAAAUCUAAAGAUUUACGAACAGAUCGUCGUUGGUCUAUUUUGAAACGCUAUUUUUAUGGACAAAAAGGAACUUGGAGUAACUCAGCAAUUCAAGAUGAACAUUGGAAACUAUCUCACCAUGAAAACUUGGCUCGCAUGCGUUUAAAGCUUGAACCAAACUAUUAUCAUAAUCCUCAUACUGAGGCGUCCAAUUUACGCGACAACACUAUAUCAAUUUCAAGUACCAGACGUUUAUCAACUGAAAUAACGAUAGCACCAUCAGUGCUAGGAUAUGAAAAUUCAGACGAAGAAAAUAUUCAAAUUGAGGAGGAAAUUAAAGCGAAUAUUGAAGCUCAAGCGCCAGAGACUUCCGAAAAGGAAAAAAUAGUUAUUCAACAAGAAUGUGAACUAAUUUCUUUAAUGAUGCGAAUAAAAGGUCGUUUAGAUAUCACAACAAAUCAAGUUAUUUUCACGGAUUUGUCUCCAAAUAGAGAGGACGGAACUAACUACGAUUUCAGAUUCUUUAUUCAACAAAUACGGGAAGUUCAUCUACGUAAAUUUAAUUUGCGACGUAGUGCUUUGGAAAUAUUUUUGGUUGAUCAAACUAAUUACUUUUUAAAUUUUACAACUAAAGUUCGAAACAAAAUAUACUCUAAAAUAUUGAGUUUACAGCCACCUAAUAUUUUAUAUGGUUCAGGUAGAAGUCCAUCAGAACUUUUGAAGUCUUCUGGUUAUACACAAAAAUGGAUCAAUCGUGAAAUAUCAAAUUUUGAGUACCUUAUGCAUUUAAACACAAUUGCUGGGCGGUCAUAUAAUGAUUUGUCACAAUAUCCAGUAUUUCCAUGGAUCCUAGCUGAUUACACAAGUGAUGAACUAGAUUUAUCAAAACCAGAAUCAUUUAGAGACUUGAGCAAACCAAUAGGUGUUGUAAAUCCUAAAAAUGAGUCUGAAGUCCGGGCAAAAUAUGAAGGAUUUGAAGAUCCUUCAGGCAUGAUACCAAAAUUUCAUUAUGGGACACAUUAUUCAAAUUCUGCUGGAGUACUUCAUUAUAUGAUUCGUGUGGAACCUUUUACAACAUUACACAUAGAUUUGCAAAGUGGAAGGUUUGACGUUGCGGACCGCCAGUUUCAUUCAAUUCCACAAACAUGGAAAUUGCUAAUGGAUAAUCCAAACGAUGUAAAGGAAUUGAUUCCCGAGUUCUUUUAUUUUCCAGAAUUUCUUAAAAAUACAAAUAAAUUUGACUUAGGAACAUUACAAAAUUCAAAAGAACGAGUAAGUGACGUUAUUUUACCAUCAUGGGCUAAAAGUCCUGAAGAUUUUAUCGUACUACAUCGAAGAGCUUUGGAGUCCGAGUAUGUAUCACAGCAUUUACAUAAUUGGAUAGAUUUAAUUUUUGGUUACAAACAAAAAGGACCCCGCGCAGUUGAAGCACUUAACAUUUUUUAUUAUUGUUCAUACGAAGGGGCCGUUGAUUUAGAUAAAAUAAAAGAUGAAAAAGAGCGCGAAGCGGUUGAAGGAAUGAUAAAUAACUUUGGUCAGACACCGUCUCAACUAAUACGGGAAGCACAUCCAAGGCGAUUGACAGUUGACGAAUGUUUAGCUAAAUUAAUACGCCUUGAGCUAAAACGGCCAGAUCUUACUCAAUUUCUUGAUCGUGUUUCGAAUUUGCAAUGUGAUUUCUCAAAUGAUAAAGAUCCAGUGAUUUUCUUAAGCUCACCUCGGAGUCCACCUCGUUCUUUUUUACAAACCAGCCCUGACAUUUUAAUAUCAAUAACGAAAAAUGGUAUCUUAGGUUGUCAUAGUUGGCUCUCUUUUGAUAAAGAUAAAGGUUUCUUAUUAGAAAUUGAUGCAACAACAUCGAAUUUGAAGAAUAGAAAACGAGUUCAGGGACCAUUUCAUCCUUCUGUCAAACAAUGCUCCAACUUAUUUGCAGUUAGUAAUGAUGGAAAAUACUUAUAUGCCGGUGGUAUAUGGGAUAACUCUUUACGUGUUUUCAAUACAUCACGAGGAAAAGUUGUUGCAUCUUUAAUAAAACAUUUUGAUGUCAUAACUUGUGUUGCUUUAGAUACGUGUGGUUCGUAUUUAGUAACUGGUUCAAAAGAUUUUACUUGUAUCGUUUGGUCCUUACAAAAUGCUGGAGUAAGGUCAUCAUCGCAUUCAGGUACAACUCAAGUUCAAAGUCAAUCAACUACAGUAACAGGGUCCGCAAGUCAUCAUCAUCACCAUGUUAUUAACACAAACAAUAGUGCAAACAACUGUGUACCAAAACCAAUUCAUACACUAUAUGGGCAUGAUGAAGAAGUCUCAUGUGUAUCAAUUAUGACGGAGUUAGAUUUGGUCGUAUCUGGAUCAAAAGAUGGUGCAGUAAAUGUUCACACAAUUGAAGAAGGUCAAUAUAUUCGCACGAUUUAUCCAGUCGGAUGUACUAGUCCUAAAAUAGAUAUAACUUACCUUACAAUAUCUUAUCAAGGUCACAUAGCAUUUUCGGUUAAAGAUGAAAGUUCUAAUUCAGUUCAUGUAUACAGCAUAAAUGGAGAAAAUUUAGGAUCCAAAUUUGUAGCAGCACAAAUUACUGGAUUGACAACUGCCGGGGAAUAUCUUGUUUCUUCAGAUGACUCUGGUGAUGUUACAAUGAACAAACUUUAUGGGUUGAAACCAGUGUUUGACAUUCCUCUUCACAUUCCUACACAAACAAUUGUGGUGACUGGUGGAAACACACAUAUUUUAGUUCCGUUAAAAGAUGGAAGCUUGUCAGUUGUUGGUGUUACGCAUCCAAAUACAAAGAAACAUGCAGUCUUUUAUGUUUAACUUCAAAAAUUUUGUUUUUAAAUAUAUUGUUCUUAAAAUUAUUUUUUUAAAUACAAAAUAAAAUAGUUAAACAUGCAUUGAAUAUUUAAGUUUAAAAAACCCUUCAAAUUUUCUUCUCUGGAACUUAUUAAUAGAUUGUGACAAUAUUUUGAAGAAAAACAACAAAUUUAUCCACAAAUAACUACAAAUUUUUAUUAUCCGAUUAUAUUUGGUAUAACUUUUUUAUAAAUUACAUAAUAUAUUGAUAUUACAUAUUUUAUGUGUUUGUUAUAAUUUAGACAUUUAUGUAUAAUU